CUAAAUCUGGGUUUUUGUACCGUAGGCUGUUAGCAGGGAGAACAACAGUGUUUGAGAAGGGUGCCCGUCUCGGGGCCUCAAAUUUGCCUCUUUUGAAUCAGCACUGUUGAGUUUUUCCUGUUCAAUGGAGCAUGGAGGACGGAAGAGCUUUAUAUCCAUGAAUCUACAGGAAACUUUGGAUGAGAAGGAACCAGCAACAGACACAGCAGACGUAAGCUCUUCCCUCCUGGAGAUGCUUCUCCGUGAGAGGAGACGGCGCAUAAAUAAAACACGUAGGACAGCUGAACCAGGUCACAGGCAGAGGGAGAUGGCAGGUAACACGUCUCAGUGUCAUAGUCUGCAAUUUGGACUAAAAAAACCAACUGCAAAAGAACAGCCUGGGAAGGCCAAGCGUACCUCGGUUCCUACAAGGAAAGAGAUUCGGGUUUCCGGGAAGCAGGAGCCUGGGACAGCAGAACAGACAACUGGGACACUGCUCAUCGCAAUUAUGGCUGGAGAUAAGAGCUCUGAAGCCCUUUUUCAUGGAGAAUGUGCUCCUGGGAGCGGAAGUGAGCCAGCUGGGAGGGCAGAGGCUGGAAAAGAGCCAAUGCAGAGCUGUGCUGCUGAGCUAGCCGCAUCCACAGCCGAUGCAGUGUCCAAUCCUGUGUGCAAACAUCUCAGCGCAAAGGCAUGGACCCUGUUCCCACUGCUCCACAUGCUACAGGUCAAAGAGCUUCCCAUGAUACCUCUGUCCCCCGAGUGUAAUACCACGACGGUCCCCAGCCACAGUGUCACUUGGAGUUCUCCCUACACAGAGCCAGAGAACUGGAGUAAUAGUAUUACGCUCUUUGUCUGAAAGCUGAAGACGGUAGCACACACCUGUAAUCUCAACGCUUGAGAGCCUUGGGAAAGAAGAUCAGAGUUACAGACCACCCUGGCUAUGGAGUGAGACUUCCUCUCAAAAAAAUAAAUAAAUGUCCUGUUAUUGUCUUA